CAAACAUUUCUGGCUGUUUAACAGUGCUUACAACCACAGAAGAAAAUUGCUUGGGCAAACCGCAGCAGGUGAAGGUGGUUUGCAGAUCCGUGCACGCCGGUGUAUCCAAAAUCUGUGCUGCAAAAGUGACAGCCUGCAAAAUUAUGAGGUGAGUAUUUCACGACCAGGAGAUUAUUUUUGAUGUCAAAGUAUCAGGUCUCUCGAAGAAGACAACUUAAACGACUUGAUCCCUCAUUUCUCGUCCAGUAGGCUAAACUUUAAAUUGCAAUAUGUGAGAUUUUGCACCAGGUUCAAACACCUAAUGAGAUCAUGCAGAUAUUUUAGAGAUGAACUUUGCAGCACAUAUGAGGUCAGGUGAUGCGCCAAGAGUGGAGUCUCACUUUCUUAUCAGCUGUAGCCUAAUAUAUCCAUCAUUAAAACAAAAAGACUGUUAAAGUGAACAUUAACGAAACUUAAGAGCCCAGUGUCAGAUUUUGCGGUGUGUCACACUAAAGAUACUGGAAGUUGUUGAUUCUUGGUGUAAAGUAGUUUUGGUUUGAGUCUGUUCCCAACAUUUCAGGGAGAACAUGAAAACAUGAUUGCUCCCAGUUGAAGGUGUGAAUAUCCGACCCUACAACGACACUUAGCAGCUUGUAAGCGCCAGAAAACCCACAAAUGGUGUUGAAUGGCCCCCGUAUUUCCACACAUGCAAAGCAGCUUCUUUGAGAAGGAAGAGUCUCCAGCUUGUCGAUGGGGUUCCUUCUAAUCCAACUUGUUUUUUCACUGUCUUGCUGGGUAGAAAGCGUCUGCACAUUAGCACUACGUUAAGUUGAACAAAAGAACCGCAUUCCCGAAACUUUGUCCUCCAACACCAAAUUGCAUCCUGUAUGACCACCGUGAAAUCCCUCUGUGCGUAAAAGGUCUCCACGGUAUUACGCGCUCAUAGAUCCAAAUUAUUUUCCUUCUUAGGCGGACUAAUUUAAUUUUUGUGUGUCCCUUAAAGAAUAAAAUGAGCUUUCAGAGAGUUGCAAGCCUUUUCCCUGGAAUCUGAACACUAACAGGCCUGUGUAACGUGACAAAUUUUAUUGUAAUCCUCCCAACUUAAGGAAUUCCAAUGAAAAAAUAGUCAAAAAAGGAACUGACUUUGUACGUUUUAAGUGCUAGUUUAUAACAAAUGUCAAUGAUAAUGUAUUGAGGUUUGUAUAUUAGCCAUUUCUAAUGUAUAUUGCUCACAAAUAAUUGUUGAUUGCCUACAAGCUUCAAUCGAAAUUACUUUUCUCUCUUGUACUGCAACCCAUCCCCCACCAGAUUUAGGUUUCCCCUCUGCGCCCAAGCUUCACCCUCAAAGACAGAGUUUAUUGAUUUUUUUAGCUCACAAACUUUUGUGUCAAUUGUCACAAACACUUUCACUCUCUUUGACACUUACUGUAAAAAUAAAAAAUAAAAUAACUUCCAUCUGUGCUUUAAGUUUUGCAUUUUUCUCCUCCUAUUACGCACUUUAAACCUUGGUGCUUGUUGGAAUCUUUGCGUUGAAAGUGGCAUGUUGAUAUUAUCAUAAGGUUUAUUUACAGGUUUACUGUGUUUCUCUCGCCCCUCCUCAUACACAGACCCUCCCCGCCCCCCCGGGGUGAUCAGUCAUUCUGCUCCCAGAUAACGCGUCAUUCUCCCCUCGAUUACGCAGCGGGAUUUACAUGAAACUGUUAAUUGUUUGCUCUUCAAAUAGAGUCAGCCUGGAGCCAGCAGUCUGCUAGAAGUUAAGGACCAACUCUUUGACCUCCCUCCCCCUCUACGCGCUCCUGUCCGAACGUGCGGACCGAUCUUCUCCCCCCUUUGGCCUGAUCAGCAUGACAAAACACUGGCCGGAGCCGAGCCUCUUGGCACUACCUUCUCUGCCCCACCUAGGAGAGCAUCGCGGUCAUCAACUUGACUUCCAUAGAAAUGCGCAUCAGAGAUUUCCUCCCCGUGGAGUAGUACGGAGCAAUUCAGCCGAGCAUUGGCCUCACCAGCCCCCGGCUCAGAUGGUUCCACAGCAGCCGCCGCGCUUGGAGAAGUCCGCAGCGCGUUCUGAGCGUUUCCACGGUGCGACGGUAUCUAUGGAUAAAGCCACAGUACUGGAGCCCCUGUGCCCAUAUCCUCAGGAUGCGAACUUUAAGCAGGACUCUUUACACGGGGAGUCGUGGAAGAGUGAAGGGGACAAGAACAGCACAGGCGUUGGGAAGAAAAAGAACUAUCAGCGGUAUCCGAAGCCUCCGUAUUCUUACCUCGCUAUGAUCGCAAUGGUCAUCCAGAGGUCUCCAGAGAAGAAACUGACGCUAUCUGAGGUAUGAGUGGAUUUUUCUUACUCUUGUGUUAAGGGACUCUGAGCAACGGCUUAAGUUAUUUAGGUAGAGGGGCGCAUGGUGUGUUUUUACGCACGGAUUUGCUACCAACUUGUACACAAUUUACGCACUGUUUUAAAUCAAAAUGUAGUAAGAAAAUAAAUAAGAUAGAUAAUGUCAUCCAACCUCUAGCUGAUAAAAUUCCACAAGAAAACUCUCAUGCGGUUUACAGCCCACAAAGUGACACAUAACAGCUUCUUGGUGACACUUGAGUGACUUCCAUUCCUGGUUUGCUUUGAUAAGGUUCGACUGCAGUGAAACCAGACACUGAUCUGUAUCAGGAGAGAGAUAAGAUAUACAGUGCAUGGUAAAGUCAAGAUUUAUUUACUGUAAAUGCUCUUCCAAUAAAACUUUGAUUCUUCUUACAGCUGUUGGAAAAGUUAGUAUCGGCAUACUGGGUUUUGAGUUGAAUGCACAAAAUGUCUUAAGUCAAAGGGAAGGUGCAUGAAACUGGCAUCCACGAAAUAAUAAGUUAUGUUGCCACACUACCACAACUAUGUGUCUUCUUUCAUUAGAAUUAUCCUCCUGCAUAUUACACCUAUCUUUUCAUCAACAAACACACUGACAUUUUUGUUUUACUUCCAGAUCCUGAAGGAGAUCAGCACUCUCUUCCCCUUCUUCAAAGGAAACUAUAAGGGCUGGCGAGAUUCUGUGCGACACAACCUCUCCUCCUAUGACUGCUUUGUGAAGGUAUGUACACUACAGCUGUUUUAAAUUCCUUAACUGAAUCAUUUUCAGUUAUUUCAGUGAAUUUUGACUGAACUGGGUUAUAAAAAAGUAUUUAUCCCAUCCCCUAACCCCUGGGAUAAGGUUUCUAUCAAAUUGAGCAAUCAUACAAAUACAGCCUGAGGUGUGGUUUGAACUUUCAAACUGGUUUUGAGAUUUGAUCUUCAAUCCACUGUUAUGGUGAUGGUUAAGUCCUGCUCAACUAGGCUGUCAGGCCAAGUGCUCCUCUCACUCUCUGUCCUUGCUCCACCUGUAGGUGCUGAAGGAUCCUGGGAAGCCCCAGGGUAAAGGAAACUUCUGGGCAGUGGAGUUGAGCCGUGUUCCUCUGGAACUCCUGAAGAGGCAAAACACAGCCGUGUCACGUCAGGAUGAGACCAUCUUCGCCCAGGAUCUGGCCCCUUACAUCCUGCAUGGACAAAAAACAGAAUCUGAGCCGCCCUCUGCCCCUGUCACCGCUCUCCCUGUGAUAAGUCCCAGGAACCCCUCCCCACCACAGGAGGAUUUGUUCAGACCCAAACUGGACUCCUCCUUUGCCAUAGACUCCCUGCUGCACAGUUUGAGGCCUCCGAGUGCCCCUGGUGAUGUGGACGUGUCUUCCAGGGACUGUUGGAGCAAGCUUGACCCUCCCCACUCUUCACCCCCUCCUCGACCUCGCUAUGCUUCCUCUACCCGCAGUGCCUCAGCCAGCUCUGCCAGCCCGGCCUCCACCUCCUCCUCUUCCUCUGAUGAAGAAUGGAAAGGCAUGUCUCUGUCUAGGAAGCGAGUUCCUCUUGAUGGUGAAGCUGGGUCGGAUGGUUAUGAGGACUACAGACCUCCUCUUCACAAAUCAGCACGUAGGGAGACCGUUGCACCUCCAUGGGAGCUCCCCACCUCUUAUGCCAAAUAUGCUCCCCCUAAUGCUGUUGCACCACCCAGCAUGCGUUUCAAUGGAGGCCCUUUGAUGCCUCUGCAUGGUGGACUUCCUCUGUAUGGAUACGGCGGCUCACCUGUAGCACCUAGUCACUUUUUAAGUCAUGCUUAUUGGCCAAUCCUCCCCAACGGACGAGUUUCUGUCCAAGCCCCACCUCUUAUUAUGGACUUGGACAACAUGUUGCAAUCUGUUCCUCCAAACAAAAGUGUCUUUGACGUGUUGGUACCAACAAACCAGAACUCUCUUUCACAUCAUCAACCUCCCAGUCAGUACACAUUACAGAACGGACCUCCACUAAACAGGUAUCCCCAGUACUGACUGACCCUGAGACACGGACUCCUUUACUCAUACUAAGCCAUACUGUCACGCAAAAUGCACAAAUGCAAAGCAAGAUCCAACAUGUUCAUCAAGGACAGCCAUAGCCUGCUGAAAUAAUCCUAAAACAAGUGGCCAAUGCUAUCUUUGACAAAGUGGUCUAUUAACUAUGCCACAGGGUGCCAAAACAAGGAGAAAUAACUCUUUUGGAAACUGGGGAAAAACGUCCUUCUUUAUGUCUUUCUUUUAAUAAAUGGAGUCAUUUCACUGGAAAAAAAGAACUACCUCAUAUAGCUAUACAACCAACAAAUAUCUACCUCAUUACCUCCUCAGCGAAAUGGAUUCUGAGCUAUUGCUUGCUAUUGCACUGCAAACUGUAUUUGCACUGUUCUCUGAGUCUGAAUCCUUUUUGUCUUCCACUUUUUACUGUCCAACAUCCUGCUCAGUUUCAGACAGCAUGUGGGAUUUUUCAAAGUCUGGCACAUUUUCCUUUGUUAGUGUUUUUCUGUUAAGAGUUAAUGUCUGAAUUUUUGUUUUGUCUCUUUGUGCAAAAUACUUGAUACACAGCAAGUUGUUUAUCUAGGUCUGCAUAUUAACCUGUAAAGCAGCACAGUCUUAUUUUUUUCCAUUUACUUGCAUUUUCAUUUUAGGAUUUUAAUUGUUUUCUGUCUUCAGUGAUCUGAUUGAUUUCACGGAACCAUUUUUAUAAAAUCUGUCAGAUGCAGUUAAGGUUUAUGUGCAAUUAGUGAAAAUGCUGCGUAUUACUCGACUACUUGAGACAAUCAACUCCAGCCAUCAGUGCCUACCUCAGGUCACAAUAGCGUGGAAAUGAUUCCUGGGCCCUGCUUAUUUUUUGCACUGUUGUCUUCACUGUGGUUAUUGUCCAAAGAUAACUGUUUCUAAGUGUCCACCAACUCCGACAGGUGAAUGUUACAGUAGUGUUUUCACAUUACUUGUGGUUUUGUAAAAUGUUUGUACAGAACUGAGUUGAAGUAAAAUCAGCUCAGAAGUUUUAAAAGGUCACGAGUUGAACAGGGUAUGUAAUAAAGUGCUUUUUAUAUUUA